AUGGCGGAGGCUUCGUGCAGCGGGCCCUCGCCUUUCAAGCGGCUCGUCGACCACCAGUCGCGCGACGUCAGCCACCACCAGGACCGGCUCGUCGACCGCGCCGGCGUCAACGGCCAUGCCUCCUUCCGAUCUAGCCCUCAACACCCCGCGCAACAGGGCCACGACUCGUUCGGCGCGUUCCUCAACGGCGGGCCCUCCGCACCCCCCGCCGGCGCCAUGAUCCCCGGCAUGCCUCACUCCCCGGCCGGCCGCCUCAACGCCCACGCCGCCGCCCUGCAGCAGCCCAUGCCGCAGCACAUGCAGCACGAGUUCGCACAGCAACAGCAUCAGGCGCGCGCGUCUCCCGCGCCCGACCUGACGAGCUGGGCCGCCGACUUUUCUCGCUUCACGGCCGGUAACAACCAGCAGCAGCACCAGCAACCGCAGAUGCGUGGUGGCGCCGCGCCGAUGCAGAUGCAGAUGGCGCAGCCCAACUUCCAAGGAGCCUUCGGACAGGCCUUUUCGCCCAUGUUUGGCCAGCAGGGGCCGCAGUUCAUGCAGCCCGGUGCUGCUGCGGCGGCGGCGGCGCCGGUGGCGGAAUCCGAUUUCGAUCAGGAGAUGGCAAGGUGGAUGGCUAGCAACGGCGGGGGGAACAUGACGGAUGUGGAUGCCGCGAUGGAGCAGAUGGCGCGUGAGCUGGAGCUCAACGAGGCGGCGCUCCCGCAGACGUCGUCGGAAGCUACCGAGGCGGUCGCGAGCCAGCAGCAGACGUCCACCAUGACCGACCUCGAGACCCCCGAGCUAGGCAACCUUUCCCUCAACGACCACACCACCACCAUCAACGCCGAAACCAUCGCCCCAACUGUCGAAGACACGCUUCUCGACCAGCCGCAGCAACACCAACCGCCAGAAGACGCCGCCAAGGGCAAGUCGGCCGUCUCCGAGGCCGCGGAGCGACUCCUCGAGUCCGUCCAGCACGAGGCCGGCGAGAAGUGGCAGAACUCGGUCUUCCUCUCCCUCAUGCGCGACUUCCGCGACGGGCGCAAGGACAUUGUCGACAAUGAGAUUCGGCAGAUGGAGGGAGAGGGCGACGGCAGCGGCGGCGGCGGCGGCGACGAUGCCCAACAGCAGCAGCAGCAGCAGAGCGCAACCUGA